CUUGGCGGAAAGAUGGCGGCGGCCAUAGAGUGACCGGACGGCGGAGGCGUCGGGAUCCCGCUGCGGCCCGGAGAGGGAACGAUGAAGUGAUGGAUCAUGACGCUCCGACCAUCAGGCCCCGCAGAAUCCAGAACCAGAAUGUCAUCCACCGCCUGGAGCGCCGAAGGAUCAGCUCUGGGAAGGCCGGCACCCACUGGCACCAGGUCCGGGUCUUCCACCAGAAUGUCUUCCCCAACUUUACGGUGGUCAACGUUGAGAAGCCGCCCUGCUUCCUGCGCAAGUUCUCCCCCGACGGGCGCUACUUCAUUGCUUUCUCCUCGGACCAGACCUCCCUGGAGAUCUACGAGUAUCAGGGCUGCCAGGCAGCAGAGGAUCUCCUGCAGGGUUAUGAGGGAGAGAUCUUGGCCAAUGGCAACGACCAAAGAUCUGUCAACAUCCGUGGGCGGCUCUUUGAACGUUUCUUCGUCUUGCUUCAUAUCACCAACGUGGCCUCCAAUGGUGAGCACUUGAACCGCGAGUGCAGUUUGUUCACAGAUGACUGUCGCUAUGUAAUUGUUGGCUCUGCUGCCUACCUGCCCGAGGAACCUCACCCCCCAUUUUUUGAGGUUUAUCGCAACAGUGAGUCGGUGACCCCUAAUCCCAGGUCCCCUUUGGAGGACUAUUCUCUGCAUAUCAUAGAUCUUCACACAGGUAGACUGUGUGACACAAGGACAUUCAAAUGUGACAAAGUCAUCUUGUCUCACAACCAGGGCCUAUACCUGUAUAAGAAUAUCUUGGCUAUUCUCUCCGUGCAGCAGCAGACUAUUCAUGUCUUUCAAGUGACACCUGAGGGCACAUUCAUUGAUGUACGGACUAUAGGUCGCUUCUGCUAUGAGGAUGAUCUCCUGACCCUCUCCGCUGUCUAUCCAGAAGUGCAGCGAGACACUCAGACAGGGAUGGCAAACCCGUACAAAGAGCCCUUCAUAAAUUCUCUGAAACACAGACUGUUGGUGUACCUGUGGAGGAGGGCAGAGCAGGAUGGAAGUGCGAUGGCAAAAAGGAGGUUCUUCCAGUACUUUGAUCAGUUGAGGCAGCUGCGCAUGUGGAAAAUGCAGCUGUUGGAUGAGAGCCAUCUGUUUAUUAAAUACACCAGUGAAGAUGUGGUCACACUGCGGGUGACAGACCCUUCACAGCCUUCAUUCUUUGUUGUGUACAACAUGGUGACCACAGAGGUUAUUGCUGUGUUCGAGAACACUUCGGAUGAGCUGCUGGAGCUCUUUGAGAACUUCUGUGACCUCUUCAGGAAUGCCACCCUGCACAGCGAGGCUGUCCAAUUUCCCUGCUCGGCUUCCAGUAACAACUUUGCCAGACAGAUCCAGCGCCGGUUUAAGGACACUAUUGUGAAUGCAAAGUAUGGAGGGCACACAGAGGCUGUGCGGAGGCUGCUGGGUCAGCUCCCAAUCAGCGCUCAGUCUUACAGCGGCAGUCCUUACCUUGACCUCUCCCUCUUCAGUUAUGAUGACAAGUGGGUGUCAGUCAUGGAACGGCCAAAGACGUGUGGAGAUCACCCCAUCAGAUUUUAUGCCCGGGAUUCUGGCCUUCUGAAGUUUGAAAUCCAAGCAGGACUCUUGGGCCGACCCAUCAAUCACACAGUACGACGCCUGGUUGCAUUCACCUUUCACCCCUUUGAGCCCUUUGCCAUCUCGGUGCAGCGGACUAAUGCAGAAUAUGUUGUUAAUUUCCACAUGAGGCACAGCUGCACAUAGUACAAUCCUGGGCUGGGGCAGCUGUUGCCAUCAUGGACACACCAAAGCCGGACACUCAUGCCUUCUAGGAAACCAAACCAUUGCUCACCUACAGAACCUGACCUGGAAGCCCUAACCAACCAGCAUUGUUCCCCAGCGUCUGCAGCUGGCACUCGCAAGCCAUUGAAAGAGAAUCCCGUUGUGCUUCUAAAGAAGCCAUCUUGAUUGGAGAUUAGUCUUAUGAUAAUUUCUUUCUAUAGAUAUCCAGUUCAUAUUGCCAAAGCCCCUUGUUGCAUUAAACCCUGUCUUUUCCCACACCUAUUGGUGAACAAAAUGUAGCUGAGAAACCUUGCCUGUUUCUCCAAGGAGUGUCUUCUUUUCUCUCGCUUUGUCUGUUUUGUGAUAGGAAAGGCAGAGUUCACAAACACUCCUUCUAUACCGGUGCCCUUCUACUUAGUCAAGACGAGUAGCCCAUCUUACAGAGUAGGACUAGAAGCUAUGGUGGUGGGGUUUUUUUUAUUUGUACCUUUACUGUUAUGAGGAAACGAAACUAGUUCUUGUGACUCUCACAGUGCACUCAAGCCACAUCAAUAUGCAAGGCAUUAGGGGAGAAAGGUCUCUGUUAGUGGGAUGGUCUAGUAGUUAGAGCAGGUCACUGGAAUCAGAGGAGAUGAUUUCUGUUCCUGACUCUUAAGCAAGUCACUUAAUCUUUGUGUCUUAGUUUCCAACCGGCAAAUGAGGAUGUGACUGAGCCACUUUCUGUAAGCACUUUGAGCCCCUCAGAUGAAAGGUGGCAAGUACCAAGGAAGGGAAACCAGAACAGCUGACUGCAUGCCUAACGUGUGAGCUAGGCUGUAGGGUGGGAAGAUGGGUAGCUAGCAGCAGGAAUGCAUGAGAGAGGCUUGGAACUUGAGAGCAGUUUGCCCUUUGGUACCUCGGUUAGGGAAAAGAGCUGCAUGGACCGGGAAUGUGUCCCCAGGGGUAGGUGUCAUCCUCUUCCCUCAUCCUGCUUCUGCUGACAGGGUGGGAAAGAGCCAGCCCUAGUCUCUGGUGCAUGCCAGGUACAUGAAUGUGCAGAAUGUCUGACUUGUGGCAUCCUUGUCUUUCCCAUUGCUACUAUGUGAUUCCUCAGACUGUAAGAUUAUAGUCACCAGGGGAUAACAGGGUUAGACCUGAGAGAGAUGAUUCCAGAAUGUCUGCAUCUGUUUGGCACUGGAAUGUCACGGUGCUUGCCUUUCCCCUGAUGUUAGAGGACAGCUAGGCUGGAUUUUGCACUGGGAGAAGGGGAGACUUGGAUUCAUGUGUAUUGCUGGGAGCUUGUAGCUGAAGGUCUGACUUUGCUGACUUACUGCUGCCUGUCCUCUCCUGCUUCACACCCUGUGAGAACUGGGGGCGAGGUGGCAAGGGGUGCCAAUGGGUGACUGUCUGGGAUUGAAGCACAGCUUGCUGGUCUAUCGCUGUACGCGUGAAGCAAGAUUGACUUCUACGUUGUCUGAGAUGUCUGCAAAAUGAGCUGCUAGACUUGAAUCCAGAAGAUGUGCACCUUAAUGCCUCUGGGUCUGAGCUUGUGCAGGCUUAUAUAAAUGCUGGCCCUGCUUUGAUCUGAAGAUCACUUCAUUGUUGGCUGCCUUUGUACUACAAGGUAGCACAUGGGCUUUCUCGAAACUUGUGCAUACCAAAAAUGUGCAUGUUGCGAGGGAAUGUUGUCAUCUUAGGCAAACACAAGGCUGGUGAAAGGUGCUGGAUUGACACUGGAAACCGCUGUUCUCUGAUGCACAUGAUGGGCCAUGACAGGGCACUGUCCUUGAGGGCGCCCCCCUCGAAGGAAAGCCCUUCAGACUAAAAGCCCAUUCAUAUCUGCUGAAGGUACUAAAAAGGGGGCCAGUUGUGAGUAAUAUGUUGUGGCCACUUGUCUGCUCAGAAAGUCCUGAGGUCACAAGCUCAUCUCAGACAUCACUGAAUAGCCAUCAGAUAAUCUUAUUUUUGUCACUAUUGACCUGGGCACGGUUUGGAUACCUCACCUAGAUGUGACAGGCUCCACAUCCCACCCUAGAUUCCUUGAACCAUCCUGUCCUUUGGAUGUUUACAGCCCUCAGUGUAGUUCUUUUGCUCUAUCUUCCUUUCUUCUGUCCUCCCAAACAUAGCCCCAUCUCAACACUAUAAAGCAGUUUUUGUAUAAGGAUCUCAAAGCACUCUUACAAAGGUAUUGCUGCCAUUUUGCAGAUGGUGAAAUUGAGACUCAGAUGAAAUAAUUCAUAUGACCUUGUGUAAACUGAGUAUAGACUUGACUUCCAGUUCUAACCAGUAGCCCAUCUGCAUCUAUGCAGGAUUGCUAAGGGCUUUCAAAGCCUGGCUAUGGAAAAUGUAGUCCUAGGGCAAGAAUAUAUAUUUCUUUGUCUUCUUUCCCAGGGUAUUUGUGCUGAUGGGAAGUUUCUCGGGGCUGUAACAAAUGACUUCAGGUUGGGAGGCCACUUGCUGGGGGAGGUGUCAGGACAUGCAUGCAGUAGUGCCUCAUUCCUCUCCAGCCCAGAACACUAUUUUAUGGUUUUAGACUCUUUCACCUACAAUCUGAUUCUCAAACUCUUUCUAUUAAAGCUCCGAGCAGGGAGUCUUCGCACAUUGUCUUCUCGAUAAAAUGCACUGUAGCUGAUAGAUAACUGAGUUAUCUGCUUUCUCGCACCAAAAGUUCACUCUUCAUUACCCUUUUCCAUUGUUAAUGUAUCUUUCUGUCUUUCCCAGAAGUUCUCAGCAGUUCCCAUUAACUCCUUGAUGCCACAAGCUAGCGGUCCCUCUUCCUGGAGCUCCAGAUGGGGUGGAGCAGUGCUUCAGAAUAUCUCAGCUUUCAGUUGAUACCGUUUCCUUUAAGUGGUAUAAGUCAGUGGUUCUCAGACUAAGGCCGCCGCUUGUUCAGGGAAAGCCCCUGGCAGGCCGGGCUGGUUUGUUUACCUGCCGUGUCCCUCGGCCCGCGCUGUUUCUUGCAGCCCCCAUUGGCCUGGAGUGGCGAACUGCGGCCCGUGGGAGCCAUGAUCGGCCGAACCUGCGGAGGUGGCAGGUAAACAAACUGGCCCAGCCCGCCAGGGUUUCGCCCUGAACAAGCGGCAGCCCUAAUUUGAGAACCACUGGUAUAAGUAACAACCAUCUUCAUAACUCUGCCACUAAGAUGUGUAAUCUCAGGCAAGUCACUUCCCCUCCCUCUGUUUCCUUAUCUGUAAAAGGAGGUGAUGUGGCCUCACUUUUGUAAAGCACUUUCAGUUCUGUGGAUGAAAAGUACCAGAUAAGUGCUAAAUAUUGUUUUAAUGUGUUUCUGGAGGCACAGAUUGAUGGUUGUGAGGGGUGUGAACUGCACUGGUGCAGCACUGUAGAUCCUGUGGCUGCUACAUUUUGUAUCUACAGUGAAGGAUUAAUGUUACCACAGGAGUGUGUUGAAAGAAAAGCCUGUCUCAUUCUCAUGCUUGACAUUUUGAUUCUUUUAUUUAAGAAACAAGAAGUAAGGGAAUAGGGGUAGGACAUAUAUUUUCUACCUAAUAUUUUUACUAGGUUAGGAUGAGAACUUGUUAGCAACACAAGAUAAAUACCAGAAUAAACAAGAACUUGUUUCAUGAGUCUGACUUGUAUCCUCUUUCCAAGAUCUCCUAUCAGAUAUCAGUGGUAACUUAAAUCCUUUCAUUAAGAAAAAACAGGGUGCAUUUGUCUUGAGGAGUCAUGACCUAUAUGUGUAGGAGGGUCUGCAUAAAGUCUAGGUUAUUAAUUCAUUAUGCUGAAGUUUCACCUUAGAGCUGUUAAGAUGCUCCUAUGGACUCAUUUGUAUGGACAAUGCUGUGAGCUAAUGGCAAAGGUGGGACGCACUCCUCUCUCCCACUUUGGUGUUCAAGUUGCCAGCCCCACUUGUGAACAUAGACUUUUUCCUUCUGCCUGUCCCUAGGGCCUCAUCCUAUGGCUAUUUUAUCUCCUCUCCCUGAGACAUUAACAUGAAAGUUAAGCCAAUGUGGGUGGCUUUGCAGGGCUGUCACCAACACUUUUUAGUGUGGGUCAAAAAUACUGGUGGGUUUUGUUUUGAUUUAUGCAUUUUUUUUUUUUUUUUACACUGCAUGGUCCUCCCAGGUGAAAUGUUCCUCUGCUAGCUUGAACAGUGGCUGCCAGUGCACAUACGGGUCCGAUCUGAGGCUCCAUGCCUUUGGAUUUCUCGCUGCUCUGCUGCACUGGGUACUCAAUAGCAACACUGUGUGUGUGUGCACCUCCAUACUUGGUCUCAAGCAGAGCACCGGAGAGGCCGAUAUCUUCACUUCCUGAGCCCUUUCCCUCUAUUGUGUGUCGGGUUCUUUAUUCUACAGCUUCGCUUGAGCUUUGUGUCAGAAUGACCCCACAGAAGCCCUUUGGCACUGAGCACUCCUCAAUUCAGUUCAGUUCUGAACUAACUGGCAGGGAAACUCGUGCCUUGAAAAGACUGUGUGUUGGUUAACAAUGGAUCGACUUUAUGCUUUCUGUGACUUUAGCCAUCUUUGAUCUGGCAGUCAAUCAAAAUAAGAUUGGGUCAGUUGUGUGAGGAUUAUAUAUAGCUGUAUUAAGUGACCAGCUACAGAAGUCAUUGUGGGCUCAAAAAUGCAACCUUCUGUACAUCUGUGUAUUCAUCUAAAGGUAGAUCCCUUCUCGAGCCUCCUUUCAGUUAACCUUGAAGCAGUGACUUCCUCUCCACCAUUUCUGCCCUCUUCCUUGGCUUUGUUCCCUUGCAGUUCCAGUGUAAUUAUGGGAGCGUCCUUUUGUUCACAUGCUCUCCAGUGUAUCUGGUAGGCUUGUUUAGGACUUUUCUGACACGGGGGGGAAAAACAGGUUUGUGACUUUCUGCAACUUUUUUUCCGGUCUUUCCUGUCUCUUCUCUUCCACCACCCCCUUUUAUGGGAACCAUUUCAACCCUGGGGGAAAGGGGGUGAAGUCACUGAGGUCUAGUAAAACCGGGAUUGCUUCUGUUAUAUGUUUUUUCUAAUUUAGAAGAGUGAAUGUAGAAGAUGUUUUGUAAUCAAUAAAUCAUGUGCAAAGUGUGA